GUCGCCGGCCUCGCCCAACUGCUUACUUUACCUAUCUUCCUGCUUGCGAUCGGCUACAGACAUCCUCGCUCUGGCGCGCGCGCCUACAUUUAACCCUGCCUUGCCGCCGUACCCUAUUACGACGACUUCGCCUUACAUCAUCCUUUACCCAUCGGAUUGAUCGCCGGCCAACAUCACCAAUACCUUCGUACGGAUAUCGUGCGUGUCCAUGACCGAGCCACCUACCCCACCAACAGUGUGCAAGCCAUGGGAAAUGUCUGCAAGGAUCAAACGUCGUAGCGUCGACCAGGGCGGCAAAACUCUUUCCAACCGAAUCUAUUGAUCAUGGCGACCUCGCGAUACCCCCAGUCCGACCUUCGUCGACAAGUCGGGUCGCCAAAGCCCAAAACCCGAGAAAACAAAGAGACACUAUGCCGAAACGUACUCAUAUAUGGACACUGCCGAUACGAGAACACAGGUUGCGCCUUUAACCACGACCAGACUCGAUCCAACUCGGUCCAGAACAGCCCCGGCGGCCAGAGUAACCAGUCCGAAUUCGCAAGGAAGGCACUCAAUGUCGACUCGCCGUCAUUCACUCCGGCUGGCCUUCCAUCGGCGGCAUCUCCAGGCGCAAAUACACUGGGUGGCCCGUCAAAGAAAUCCACAUUUUCCUCACAAGCUGCCAGUGCAGCUGUCUUCACUCCCAGAGGAGCAGGCUCUGCGACACCUGCUGCUGUUCAGGAUGGCGAAACUUCAUCGACUGUCUUCAAUCCCGCAACCUUCCGCGAGUUCACCCCUUCGAAUUUUGAAUUGAGUACUGGGGUAACCGCCAAUGGUACAGCCUCAGAUACGGGGCUCUCAUUUGACCCCUUUACUAUGCCCAAUGUUGGUCAGGCUUUGCCGGCUACACCCUUCAACCCAUAUGCAGACGAUCCGACUGGCCUUGCUGGUUCAAGCGCGGCAUACUUCCAACAUCAGAACGCCUACACCGCCCCUCUCCAACCGCUUCAAUACCACCUUUACGCUCCUGUUGGGCCAUACAGAGACGACCUGUUGCCAUUUCAGAGACAAGUACACGACUUCUUUCUCCCCGAGAAGCUUCGAGAAGAAAUGCAACGCAAGUCCGAGGCCUUACAGCAGGUCAUGCCAAACUCGACUUUACCUCCGCUGGACAACUAUUUUUCGCUGGUUCCUCUCGAUACAAGUCAUCGGAAGAGCUCCAGUGUGUUCGGCUACACCACUUGGGUAUACAAGGCGACAUCUUCUAAGAGCGGGAAAACCUAUUGCCUCCGACGUCUUGAGGGCUUUCGGUUGACCAAUGAGCAAGCUAUUCGCUCGGUAAAAGAAUGGCGAAAACUUAACAACGGCAACGUGGUGACCAUCCACGAUGCCUUUACCACUCGGGCAUUUGGUGACAGCUCUCUCUUCUUCGUUCAAGACUACCACCCUCUAUCUAAGACCCUCGCCGAGCUGCACUUUGCCCAACCGAACACAACCCACGGUACCCGUUUCAGUGCAAAGAACCCUAUUGCGGAAAGUGUCUUGUGGGGUUACGUGUCGCAAAUAGCCAACGCAUUAAAGGCCAUCCAUGCCUUGAACCUGGCUGCCCGCUGCCUCGAUAUGAGCAAAGUCAUAGUCACUGAUAAGAACCGCAUUCGGCUAAGCGCAUGUUCCAUACUGGAUGUGGUUCAUUUCGAAGCUCGUCGCCCGGUUCAGGAGCUGCAACAGGAAGACUUGAUCCAGUUUGGCAAGCUGAUACUGUCUUUGGCGACCAAUACGCCACCAAGCCAGCUCACCAAUCUGAAAGGAUCGAUGGAACAAAUGAGCCGGGUGUAUUCUAAAGAGAUCACUGAUACUGUCUUAUGGCUCCUGACUCCGGCUCCAGCGGGCGCCACACCCAAGGGCAUCGAAGAAUUCAUUCGGGGCAUAGCGGUUCAUAUGGUGGCCACGCUGGACGCCAGCCUUCAAGAGGCCGACACGAUGAAGUCGGAGCUGUUUCGCGAGUUGGAGAAUGGUCGGCUGGUACGCCUGAUGGCCAAGCUUGGUACCAUCAACGAGAGACAAGAGUUCGAUGGCGACAGAGCAUGGUCAGAAAACGGCGAACGGUACAUGCUGAAGCUGUUCCGUGACUAUGUCUUCCAUCAGGUUGAUGCAAAUGGCAAUCCUGUGGUGGACAUGGGCCAUAUCAUCCGAUGUCUGAACAGGUUGGAUGCCGGCAGCGAUGACAGAAUCUGCCUCACAAGCCGAGACGAGCAGACGAGCUUCGUAGUCAGUUAUAAGGAUCUGAAGAAGCAGCUCGGCAAUGCUUUCGGCGAGCUGCUUAAGGCAGGAAAACAGUCAACGGCCCGAGGAUUCCAAGGUUCCUCUCACUAGAAUUGGGAGAACUGGAGAGUCUCCGGUUCCGAUCACGAUUAUUUCCACCAUCACCAAAACUCUAAGAAAGAUGCUCCCAUCUGUUUGGACCGCAGACCUCGAGGCGAAAUCAACGACGAGACAAGCAACGCUUGAGCGCGACGACCAAUCACAUUGGUUUACGCUGUUGGAUUCCGCAUAGAAUGUUGGAGCUUCACGUGAGAGAUAGAUAACCGGGGCGCAAGAUGGACAGCACUUGCGAAAUCAGAGCGGACAGGGGUCAACUGACUGGGACAGGAAAGUGAUGCAAACUAGUAAAUAGAUGAGAGAUGAGCGACCUCACAGGAUGCGGGGGUCUCUUUCUUACCUGACGCACGUGGUAGAUGAAGCGACACGAGGAGCGAGCAGUUACGAAACAAGUUUCAAUUCAUUUCCUUGCGCUUCUUGGGCGACGAAGUGUCUGGUUGAGCGGGCUAUUGUCUUUGGUAGAACGGGCAGUUCUUUUGGGAACAACACAAGUCAUGAUAACUUCGCCAUCGUGAGAUUUUGUGUGCCAUGGUAUCUU